UCUUCAGUUCCUGAGUUUUUAUAACAAGGUAAGCAUGGCGGCGACAGCAACACCAACGGUCCCUGAGCAAACACCUGAAACACUGCGGUCAGGACCAGUACCAUUUGACUUUUCUCAGCCCCCGGUCAUCGAAGGCUUCAACCCUCUGCCGAAGAUCAAAGAUGAGACCUUCAAAGAUAAAUUUAUUAGAAAAACCAAGGAGAACCCGUUCGUCCCAUUAGGUUGUGUGGGAACAGCAGGAGCGCUGAUGUAUGGUCUCCGUGCCUUCCAUCAAGGGAAAACCAGACAGUCCCAGCUGUUGAUGAGGGGGCGUAUCUUUGCUCAGGGCUUCACUGUAGUUGCCAUUGUUGUUGGUGUCUUUGCCACAGGGCUGAACCCCAAGCAAUAAAGACGGACCAAUCCCAUAGCUCUGCCAUUCAGCUCGGGAUUCAGAGCGGGGCAAACUUAACAGUGGACUGAUUUUACGGAGUGAACUUAAUGUGUUUUUGUGUGAUACCUAUGUUAAGGCCAACACUAUUGUUGUUUGACCACUGUGAAAUGCUCACGGUGAUGAAUGUUUUGCAACAACAAAGUAUAAUCAGCUCCUUAUCAGACAAAGCAUGAUAAAUUAUUUUUAAAUUUAUUGCGCUCUAAGACACUUGAGGCAAAAUGAUGAUAAAUAUAAAACAUAUGCUUUGUGCUCGUUGCUCUUCUGGAAGGUUAUAUUUCAAAUGUUUCUGUGUAUUGUCAUUGAAAUAAUAUACAGAGAACACCUGUCCUCUGAUAGAAAUUUUAAGUUGAAUCUGGUGUCCCUGUGUGUAUUUGAGAUAAAGCAUCACACACAGAACUGUAGACCUCUACUCUGUAUACAACCUUUAUUUAAAAAUUAAAAAAAUCUGCGGGGAAA